CUCUUUCUGAGGCAUCUCCAUUUCCUUUCUACUUUUCCAAGAUUGUGUGUAUUCUCCUUUAAGGGGCUGGGCAGCUCUCCGCCCUCUCCAGAGUCGCCUGAAGUUUCCGAGGAGCCUCCCGUGGCCGGGCCGGUCACACCUUUCAGAAGACCCCCCGAACUGCGCUCCCUGCACCUCAGAGGCUUCUUCCUCUCGAGUCCUCCCACGUGCCUCUCUGUUUCAUCUCCCUUUUCUCAACUGAGACUCAGCCCUUUCCCCGCGGGACUCAGCAUCCUCAAGGUUUCCUACCCUUAGUGCUCCAUCCCCGGAUGGAGCCAGAGAAAUGUGGUGGGGGGGCCGGGGCCAGAGUUUCAACAUUGCCCCCCAGAAGGAGGAGCCAGAGAUGGGGUCCCUCCCUUUGGCGUCUGCCCGCACCGGUCUCGAGCUCCGCAGGACACAGAUCUGUUUCCCGGGAGUCUGAGCGUAGGCCUCUAAAGGGGCCUCUGAGGGAAUCCCAGACCCAGGGCGGGGCGGCCUGGGAUCACAACUGCGCGCCCCCUCAGCUCUCUGGGCCCAGGUCCAUCCGGGGAAGCAGGAUGCCGGAGCACAGGAGCCGUCAGCCUGGCAGCCGCCUGGCCUCUGGAUGCCUCCCAGGGGAGCAGAUACUAGCAUGGGCCCCAGGGCUGAGGAAAGGACUGGAACCCGAAUUGCCUGGAACCCUGAUGUGCACCAACUUCAGGGUUACCUUCUGGCCCUGCGGAUGGCAGCGGAGCCAGGACACUCCCCUGAGCAGUGAAUAUGAUUUUGCCUUGGGCAACAUUGGCCGAUUAGAAGCUGUGAGUGGCUUGUCACGAGUUCAGCUCCUUCGUCCAGGGUCACAGCUCAAGUUUAUCCCUGAGGAGAUUCUGAUUCACGGCCGAGACUUCCGACUGCUCAGGGUUGGUUUUGAGGCUGGAGGAUUAGAACCUCAGGCCUUUCAGGUGACCAUGGCCAUUGUCCAAGCCAGAGCUCAGAGCAGUCAAACCCAGCAGUAUGCAGGGAUAACUCAGAGGAAGGCUGCCCAGGGUUCUGGCUCCAGAAAACCACCAAUACCUCUGCUGGAGACAUCGGAAGACUGGGAAACUGAGCUGAAGAAGCAGGGAGCCACAGGCUGGAGGGUCAGCACCGUCAAUGCGAGGUUCGACAUCGCUACCAGCCUCCCCCGUUACAUCUGGGUCCCUAAUAGAACUCUGGACAGCGAGGUCAGGAGAGCAUUUGGCCACUUCCAUCAGGGCCGUGGACCGCGCCUGUCCUGGCAUCACCCUGGGGGCAGUGAUCUUCUUCGUUGUGGAGGCUUUUACACAGCCAGUGACCCCAACAAGGAGGAUAUCAGAGCGGUGGAGUCCAUGCUCCAGGCUGGACACUCGGACGUUGUCCUGGUAGACACGAUGGAUGAGCUGCCUAGUCUUGCAGAUGUCCAGCUUGCCCACGUGAAGCUGAGGGCCCUCUGCCUGCCUGACUCUGCUGUGUCCGAGGAUAAGUGGCUCUCUGCCUUGGAAGGAACACGGUGGUUGGACCACGUCAGGUCUUGUCUUCGUAAGGCCAGUGACAUUUCAGUCUUGGUGACAUCCCGGGUUCGUUGCGUAGUACUUCAAGAGCGCGGGGAUCGUGAUCUCAAUGGCCUCCUCUCUUCACUCGUCCAGCUGCUUUCAGCCCCCGAAGCCCGAACACUGUUUGGCUUCCAAUCUCUAGUGCAGCGGGAGUGGGUGGCAGCUGGACACCCCUUCCUGACCCGGCUCGGGGGAACUGGGGCCAGUGAAGAGGCCCCAGUGUUUCUUCUCUUCCUCGACUGUGUCUGGCAGCUCCUCCAGCAGUGCCCAGCAGAGUUUGAAUUCUCUGAGUUUCUCCUUCUUGCCCUGCAUGACAGUGUCAGGGUCCCUGAUACCCUAACCUUCCUGAGAAAUACUCCCUGGGAGCGCGGGAAGCAGCGUGCUCAGUUUAACUCUUAUGCACAAGUUUACACCCCAGAGUACUCUCAGCCCUCAGUUGGGAACUCUGUUAACUUGCAGCUGUCUGUUUGGGACUGGGACUUACGCUACAGCAAUGAGCAAAUAUUACAAUUCCAUAAUCCCGGCUAUGCCCCAGAACAUUACCCAGAUUCCUGGUUCAGUAGACAGCAGCCAAGCCUCAUGGUUCCUGGACCCCCCAAUUCUGCGUGGCUCUUCUCUAGAGGGGCACUAACCCCCCUGAAUCAGCUCUGUCCUUGGAGAGACAGUCCCUCCCUGCUGGCAGUCUCUGCUCGAUGGCUCCCUCGACCUGCUGUCUCCUCUGAGAGCCUGGCUGACCAGGAGUGGGGUCUCCCCUCACAUUGGGGAGCCUGCCCUUUACCUCCAGGGCUACUGCUGCCUGGAUAUCUGGGACCCCAGGUCAGGCUCUGGAGACGCUGCUACUUGAGAGGAAGACCCGAGGUCCAGAUGGGCCUCUCAGCUCCCACAAUUGCUGGCCUUCGGGACGAGCUAUCCCACCUCCAGGAGCUAUUAAGAAAAUGGACACCAAGAAUAUCUUCUGAGGAUCAUUCCAAAAAAAGGGACCCAAAUACCAUUCUCCCCAAUCCCCCUGACACUGCUGGUGGGCUCAAAGGCAGGGCUGAGGGAGGUCUGUGGCGAGGAAUCUAUGUAGUCCUGUAGGUUUGCAUUCUCUGGCCAUGCUGCCUCACUUCGCAUUCCAGUUCUUAAACAAGCACAUUUAAUAGACUUGGUUUCUGUAGGAGAUGGUGGUGCUAAUCUCUAGCUCUUCUGUUUCUGAUUCCUAAAGAUAUUUUUGUUCUCUGUGAUUUGAAGAAUUAAACAAAAACUAGCUGGAAUAUGAAAUGACACUUUUUCUGGGGCAAUCCCAUUUCUUUUGGACCAUGACGUUAAAUCAUGAGAUCAGCAAUACUGUUCCUAAUCCCAAAAAGAUGGCCAAGAGACCUCAUCCUCACCCCUUCCUGCUGCUGCCUUAAUUCCAGUUUCUAUUUUUUCCCUUACAGUUUUCUGUGGGAAUGAGGUAGAUUUGGGAAGACACCCACUCCUCCUACUGCAUGUUUUUGUAGUGCUAUUUCUAUUUAAGAAGUUCAAUAAAGCAUAGCAUUUCUACACUUUACUGGCGUUGCUUAUUGUGAUUAAAGAAUCCUAGGUGCCAAAGAAUAACUUGGGGGCUGGAGGAAAAGAAGCACCUCAUAUUACUGCCUCAGAAAUACGGUAACUGGGCAGGUGUGGCGCUGCAGAACUGACGUGCAGUUUAGAAAUAGGGCUUUCUUUCCUGUGUCUCCCACUUAAGAGGUCGAUGGGACAAGAGCCUAUUAAAAUAUCCCUGUAGAUGUGUUCUGGAGGUUGGGGCUCAGAGCUUCAAUUCCAAACAGCCACGAUCCUUGGUCACACCCGUCUUGGAGCCGCCUGAUUCCGUCCCACUAUGCAAUCGCAACGAGGCGACCUCAGACGUCACUCCAGCCGACACUGCGCAACCUACUCCCUUGCGGGAAAAUAAAAUACCUGGGGC